AUGGCCGAUUACCAGUACGACCAACGGUACGGUCAGCCCCGAUACGGUCCGUCGUCCAACAACCAGCGAGAUGCCGCCUUCUCAAACAUCUUCGGCUCCAACCCGCCUCCCGGCCGCGCAGGGACCAUGACGUCUUCGUCUCCGAGUAUGACACCUUCGCAGGAUGGAAGGACACAAGCCAUGUCUAGCAUGUCUAGCAUCCCGCCCGAGAUACAAAGGCGACCUCCUCCUCGGCCUCAGCGGGCUGGAGGAUACGAAGAGCCGCCAGCCGCCCGAACCCGAACGAUGGACACGAGCAUAGCCAAUGGCUACUACCAAAACCAACGGAACCCGUCUGGGGGAUAUCCUCCUCAGCAACGAGAUCCCUAUGCGAGACCGUCUCCGGGUCCUGACCGAAGACCAUAUCCUGGCCCUCCGCAAGGUGCUCCGCAACAAGCGCCGCCUCGUUUGGAUUCUAGAGGACCACCACCGCAAGGAUACCCUCCACGAAACCCAGCUCCAAGGUUUAAUUCAGGUCCACAGCCCGGAUCCGGAGCUGCACUCCGCGACGACCCUUACCGCUCGCAAUCUCUCGCCAGCAUACCGAGGCAACCGAUCUAUCAGCCGCCCUCUGCUUCAUAUCAGGGGUCUCCCAACGCUUUUCGCCAUACACCAACCAACACUUCCAUGGCCAGAACUACGGCUCAGGGUCGGGUAGUGCCCGAACGUCAUGACGACCGCUCCAUGUCCAUGACUGGCUACCAGCCGGAACGCGACGCCCACCAGACAAUGAGCGGUCGUAUCAUCCCUAACCGAAACAGGGCUCCCUCGAACGAGACACCAACAAUGAAUGGGAAUGGACUCCCUGGGUAUAACGGGUACAACCACGCGCCAGGUAGCGCGACAAGGACAAUGAGCAUGGCAUCAUCGACUGCAGCCGGGGAUCACAGCCGUACCAUGUCAAUGGCUAGUACCAUUGUGCCGGAGACCUCUGAGCAGGCACGACAGCAGCUGGUGCACCGACCUUCGAUAUCAGCAAAAUCUAUCGACGGUGACCGUCCCCCUACCGCCAAGAUACGAGCGCCUCUAGUUUACCCCGCCCUUCUCUCCCGGGUCGCCGAGUGUUUCCGACAGAAGAUCAUUACCGGCGAACGGACGAAGAACGAGUUGACGUACAAAAAUGCAUUCAGUGGUUCUGAAGCUGUUGACGUUCUUUCGUACAUCAUCAGAACAACUGACAGGAACCUGGCCCUGCUGCUGGGUCGCGCGCUCGACGCCCAGAAGUUCUUUCACGAUGUCACCUACGAACACCGCUUGCGAGAUUCGACGGCCGAGAUGUAUCAGUUCAGGGAGACGCUUAUGGAUGAGCCGGAAGAUAAAACUCCCGUCAAUGGUGUCUUCGUGCUGCUGUCCGAAUGCUACUCGCCAACUUGCACCAGGGACCAGCUCUGCUAUUCUAUAGCUUGCCCUCGUAGACUGGAGCAGGUAUCGCGCUUGAACCUCAAACCGCAGGUGGGUCUGAGGAAAGACCAAGACGCGAUUAUGAACGACGAUGUCGAUCAGACGGAUGAGCAGAAACUCUGGAUCAACACAGUUCCCAAGGAGAUUGCCGAGAGUGUCAGUGAGAAGGAGAAGAAGAAGCAAGAGGUAGUCUCUGAGAUCUGCUACACCGAGAGGGACUUUGUGAAGGAUCUGGAGUACCUCCGAGAUUUCUGGAUCUUGCCCCUGCGGUCGAAGGGUUCGCCUAUUCCUGCUCCCCGGAGAGAUCGGGUUGUCCAGAAUAUAUUCAGCAACAUCAUCGACCACCCCAGCAUCCAUUCGGUCAGUGCUAGGUUUGCCAAGGCGUUGACCGAGAGGCAACAGAGGCAUCCUGUUGUGCGGAAUAUCGGUGACAUUUUCCUGGAGAUUGUGCCGCAGUUCGAGCCGUUCAUAUUAUAUGGAUCCAAGCAGCUGGAGGCCAAAUUCGAGUUUGAGAACGAGCGGUCGAGCAAUGCAUACUUCUCCAAAUUUGUGGAUGAGAUCGAGCGAAGGAAAGAGUCAAGGAAGCUUGAGUUGAACGGUUAUCUGACCAAACCUACGACAAGAUUGGCGCGUUAUCCUUUGCUUUUGGAGAACGUGCUGAAAUACACUGAGGACGGUAACCCGGACAAGGAAGACAUUCCGAAGGUGCUCGUCAUGAUUCGCGACCUCCUGAGCAGGGUCAAUGCCGAAUCUGGAAAAGCCGAGAACCGUUUCAACCUACGUCGCCUGCACGAGCAGCUACGGUUCCGUCCUGCCGAUCGCGUGGACCUCAAGCUCACGGAAGAUGGGAGAGAGCUCGUCUUCAAAACUCAGUUCAAAAAGACUCCUACAGAUCCUAACGACAUUACGGCUUUCUUGUUCGAUCAUGCUGUACUACUCGUGCGGAUUAAACAAGCCGGCAAGGGAGAGGAGGUGAAGGCAUACAGAAGGCCGAUACCCUUGGAGUUACUGUCCAUCAAAGAAAUGGACGAAGUCAUUCCUCAGACAGGGGUGAAACGUGCUUCUUCAAACCUGCCGUUCCGCGGUAAUAAUUCGGACAAAAAGACAGCCGAAGGUUGGCCGAUUACUUUCCGGCACCUGGGCAAGAACUACUACGAACAGGUGCUAUAUGCUUCAAAUCAGACGGCUAGGAAGAAGUGGCUCGAAUUCAUCGAUGCCGCUCAAAAUCGUCUUCGAUCCAGAGCUGAUUUCUUCACCAUCAGCAAUGUGUCCUCAAAUUUCUUCCAAACCGGCAACUUGGUGAACGCCGUGACACCCUUUGAUGGUGGUCGGAAACUCAUAUAUGCAACCGAUCAUGGUAUAUACGUUUCGGACCGGAAGGCCAAGGACCAGCCACCGAAGCGUGUCAUUGAGGCACAGCAUGUGACACAGGUUGACGUAUUGGAAGAAUAUGGUCUCUUGCUUGUCCUUUCCAACAAGUCUCUCCAGUCAUACCCGAUAGCAGCCCUGGACCCGAACGAGCCCGCUAUGUCGAAACGUCCUAAGAAGAUUCAAAGCAACUGCAACUUCUUCAAGACGGGUAUCUGCCUAGGGAGGCACUUGGUGUGUUGCGUCAAAUCGAGCGCGCUUUCGACCACGAUCAAGGUUUACGAGCCCAAUGACUCCAUGAGUAAGGGCAAGAAACAGAAGGGAUUCGGCAAGAUGUUCAAUGCAGGCCAGGAUGAGCUCAAGGCGUUUAAGGAGUUCUACAUCCCGACCGAAUCCUCGUCUGUCCACUUCCUCAAGAGUAAACUUUGCGUGGCUUGUGCUAGAGGCUUCGAAGUCGUCUCGCUAGAAACGCUAGAAACACAAUCAUUGCUGGACCAGGCCGACACGUCGCUGGACUUUGUUGCGAGGAAGGAGGGCGUCAAGCCGGUACACAUUGAACGUCUCAACGGCGAAUUCCUCCUCAACUACACCGACUUCUCGUUCUUUGUCAAUAGAAACGGCUGGAGAGCAAGACCAGAAUGGCGCAUCGAUUGGGAGGGUACGCCACAGAGUUUUGCCCUCUCGUACCCCUGGAUCUUGGCGUUUGAGCCAAACUUCGUCGAGCUCAGAAACAUCGAGAACGGUGCUAUUCACAUUGUUCCCCACAAGAACAUCAGGAUGUUGCACAGCAGCACGCACGAGAUCCUAUUUGCAUACGAGGACGAAAACGGCCAAGAUAUCGUUGCCGCCAUCGAUUUCUGGAAGAAUAAUAGGAAGUCCGAGAUAAUGGGGCAAUGA